GAAAGGAAGAAGUCAAUGUUGUUAUACGAUUGAAGUGAACUCUACUCAGAAAUUAAAAAAUGAAGUUGUUAGGAUUUGAGUUUGCUCCCCUGUUGAUACCAAUAGAACGUCGACUACAGACCAUAUCAGUGUUCUAUUUUACCAGUACUUUCUUAUUUAUGGGAUUUAGUUGUUUACUACUUAUGAUAUAUCUGUUAUUGUUUACUAAAUAUUAUUGGAUACCUGUUAUAUACUUUACUUAUUAUUUCUUUGAUCGUAAAACAUCUGCCCAAGGUGGUAGGAGGAUUAAUUUUAUGAGAUAUUCACCAGUCUGGAAACAUUAUGCCAACUUCUUCCCGCUGAAACUGAUCAAAACUGCAGAAUUAGAUCCAAAGAAGAAUUAUAUUCUUGGUUGUCAUCCUCAUGGCAUUAUGUGUUACAGUCAUUUUGGAAAUUUUGCCACGGAAGGAAGCGGUUUCAGUAAAAUAUUCCCAGGAAUUACUUCAUAUCUAACAGUUCUCAACGGACAAUUCAUGUUUCCCAUUUUCCGCGAUAUCUUCAUGACAUCAGGAGCUGUAGAAGUUUCUAGAGAAAGUAUCAGUUAUUUAUUAAACCAACCAGAAAAAGGAAAUGCUGUAGCUCUUAUUAUUGGUGGUGCCAGUGAAGCUCUGGAUGCUAGUCCUGGAAAUUAUACUGUCAGAAAAACAGGAAGGAAGGGUUUCUGUAAGCUGGCUUUGAAAUAUGGAGCAAGUUUAGUACCAGUUUAUGCGUUUGGUGAAAAUGAUCUUUAUGUUCAACUUCGUAAUCCAGAUGGUUCCAAACUUCGCCAAUUCCAGGAAUUCUGCACCCAUAAAUUAGGUUUUUCACCACCAUUAUUUCAUGGUCGGGGAAUAUUUAAUUAUACUUUUGGACUAGUUCCUUACAGAAGACCUUUAAAUACAGUUGUUGGUAGUCCUAUAGAUGUUGAGAAGAAUGAAAACCCUACAGCUGAAGAUAUAGACAAACUACAUAAACAAUAUUUACAAGCUUUAGAAGAUUUAUUUGAGACUCACAAAGUUAAUUAUGGUGUAGAUAAAGAUGAUCAUUUAAUUUUCAAAAAGUAAAGAUUAAUUUUCUUAAGGCUUAAGCUGUUCUGACAAAUGUAAAAUUUGUAUAGUUGGUGAUAUGUUUUACCAAAAGUUGCGUACAAUAAUAUCAAGAUUAAUGGGUU